AUGGACCAACCAUCAGUCACUUAUUCCAUUAAUGACACCGAUAACUCAUCAUCAUAUCGUAAACGACGAAUCCAACGACAACUAAGAAGCAAUACAUUUAGAUUAAAUCCUAUUAUUAGACAAAUUAGACAAUUACCAACACAAAACAUAAAUAACAUUAAUUCAUUCGAAAACCAAUUCUUUAAUGGAGCUAUUCCUACCAUUCGCGCGCUUUAG